AUGGAUGACCUUGCUACUUCUCUUCUCACUGAGCAUUUCAGCUAUACCCCUCUGGUUAAUGACAUUAUCAACUCAAUCAACAACUUAAUCUAUCAAGCUAUAUCCAGUCUGGAGUCUGGCUUGCUUUCUACCCCUCCCGAACGAUUGGGCUUUGCGCAUGCCAACAAUGGCUCGACAAUCCCUGACACCGACGAGGAUGGGAACGUUAUUUACCCCGAGGCGCAACUCGAAAUAGAAAAUGGAUUACAUCAAUUGGAGACUCUGCUCGAGGCGACAGUUGAUAAGGCCUUUGAUAAAUUCGAGAUCUUCGUGCUGCGCAACAUCUUCCGAGUGCCCGAUGAUCUGAUGGGUUGGAUCAGACUUAAACAUUACGAGAACAUUUCUCUAAAUCCUUCUCCGGAUGCGCCGACUGUUGAAAUGAUUCUCGCACUGCGCCAAAAGUUACAAGAAACGAAGAAACUAAACCGCGCAUUGAAGCAAGAGAGCGCGAGAAACGAAGUGAUGAUCUCGCAGUUGAAAACAAUUCUGUCGGCAGCGCCAACAAAAGAUUCUGCAGAUGACACCAAGGGCGAGGGCGAGCCUACUACCGCGCCUGCUAGGAAAAUGGACGUGGACUUGUCGUUCUUGACAUCUAGCGCCGCCGCACAGAAGCUACGAGUUGGUAUCACGACAGGCUCAAACAUCCAGCAUACCCCUCUAACGACAAACACUACAUUCAUCUUGUCCCAGCUUCCUGCUUUGCAGGCGUUGUUGAAGGAGCUCCGUCCCAAGCUGGCCACCUUGCCGAAAUCGAAGAUUGCGAAUGACACGGAAUCCAAAUCGGAUGAACGACGGGAGUACAUUGACAGCAGAAUUAAGCUUCACCUUGAACGAUCCGGCCAGCUCCCGGUUGGCAAUGAUGGGAACCCGACUGUUACGGGACGCAAGAUGGAUAUUUUCGAAGCACAAGCUCUCGAGGCUGUUACGGGUAUGCUUACGCAGGCGGAUAACAAGGAGGACUAG